UGUUCCUGCAACAAAAAGAGCUGCCCCUCGGGUCCCCCCUGCUGCUGAGAAGGAAAAUUACACCACGAUCCAUGCAGCCAGCAAUGAUGAUGUUUUCCAGUAAAUACUGGGCAAGGAGAGGGCUGUCCCUGGAUUCAGCCGUGCCUGAAGAGCAUCAGCUACUUGGCGGCUUAACACUAAAUAAAGCUGUCCCCAGCAAAAGUGAUGACAAGAAAGGCAGCAAAACCAGUGCCACUCCAGAGAGUGGCAAGACAGCUGUCGUGUUCUCCUUGAAAAAUGAAGUUGGUGGGUUGGUCAAGGCCCUGAAGCUCUUUCAGGAAAAACAUGUCAACAUGGUUCACAUUGAAUCCAGGAGAUCCCGGCGAAGAAGUUCUGAAGUUGAAAUCUUUGUGGACUGUGAGUGUGGCAAAACAGAUUUCAAUGAACUCAUUCAGUUGCUGAAAUUACAGACCACCAUUGUGACGCUGAAUCCACCUGAGAACAUUUGGACAGAGGAAGAAGAACUAGAGGAUGUGCCAUGGUUCCCCCGGAAGAUUUCCGAGUUAGACAGAUGCUCGCACAGAGUUCUCAUGUAUGGUACUGAACUUGAUGCCGACCACCCAGGAUUUAAGGACAAUGUCUAUCGACAGAGGAGGAAGUAUUUUGUGGAUGUAGCCAUGAGUUAUAAAUAUGGUCAGCCCAUUCCCAGGGUGGAAUACACAGAAGAAGAAACUAAAACUUGGGGUAUUGUAUUCCGGGAGCUCUCCAAACUCUAUCCCACUCAUGCUUGUCGAGAGUACCUGAAAAACUUCCCUCUGCUGACCAAGUACUGUGGCUACAGGGAGGACAACGUGCCUCAACUGGAAGAUGUUUCCAUGUUUCUGAAAGAAAGGUCUGGUUUCACAGUGAGGCCAGUGGCUGGCUACCUGAGCCCACGAGACUUCCUGGCAGGUCUGGCCUACAGAGUAUUCCAUUGUACUCAGUAUGUCCGGCAUGGUUCUGAUCCACUCUACACCCCAGAACCAGACACAUGCCAUGAACUCUUGGGGCAUGUUCCACUACUUGCAGAUCCCAAGUUUGCUCAGUUUUCACAAGAAAUUGGCCUGGCAUCUCUGGGAGCAUCUGAUGAAGAUGUUCAGAAACUAGCCACAUGCUAUUUCUUCACAAUUGAGUUUGGACUUUGUAAGCAGGAAGGUCAGCUGCGGGCAUACGGAGCAGGACUACUUUCCUCCAUUGGAGAGUUAAAGCAUUCUCUUUCUGACAAGGCAUGUGUGAAAGCCUUUGACCCAAAGACGACCUGCUUACAGGAAUGUCUUAUCACCACCUUCCAGGAUGCCUACUUUGUUUCAGAAAGUUUUGAAGAAGCCAAGGAAAAGAUGAGGGAUUUUGCAAAGUCAAUUACCCGUCCCUUCUCAGUAUAUUUCAAUCCCUACACACAGAGUAUUGAAAUUCUGAAAGACACCAGAAGUAUUGAAAAUGUGGUGCAAGACCUGCGCAGUGAUUUGAACACCGUGUGUGAUGCCUUAAACAAAAUGAACCAAUAUCUGGGGAUUUGAUGCCUGGAACCAGUGUUAUUGCCAGCAAAGUCUUUUGGGGGCUUAGCAACAUUUCAGUCAAUGUUACCUAACACCAAUAAGUUUCUGUAGCAUGGCUUGCCUAGAAAGCAUGUGAUUUGUUUAUGUAUACCUACAUGUAACUUACUGUGUUAAUAUGUGGAACACACUGAGAACUCAAUGUCAGAUAACCGUUCAGUAUUUGAAAGAUUGUAAGUAGGUUAAAUGUCUUAAGUAGAUUUGACAUUUCUACUUAGUGGACAAACCACAUCAUUAUCAAACUAUAUCUUACCCAACCCGUGUCUUUGCAAUUUGUAACAAGUUGUCUUCUUACCAGUCUAG